AUGUCAGCCGCUAUUGAAGAGAUAGCAAUAAAUUUCCAAUUAUUCAAUAACAAAGCACUUUCUAAAUUAUCUAUUAAGAAAUUAACUAUAUACAGCCCAAUAUUAGAUGAAUAUUUCUAUUAUAACUUGGAGUACUAUACUAUUACUGAUGGACAAAAUUUUCCAAAUUUAACAACAAUUGAAUUCACACAUGAUUCAGAAUUAAUCUGUUUUUCAAAUAUGAAUAUUGAACAGAUAAUCAUUCCAAAUGAUCCUAAUUUUAGAUGCUCAAUAAAAAUUGCUGGUCUUCCUAAGCUUAAAAACUUACCAAAUGGAAUUAAUACAGUCUUUUAUGUUGGAGAUAUGCCUGAAAUUGAAACAGUUGAUCUCACAUUUUGUACAAUAAUCUACAGAAAUAGUUUCUUCAAUUGCCCAAAACUGAAAAGAAUUAUUGGUUGGGGAGACCAUGCAAUGUUUUUAGGCCCAGGCCUAUUUCAGUUUUCUCCAUUGGUUGAUAUAAAUAUAUGGAAUGAGAACUUAUCGUAUGAAGUUAGAGAUAUCAUUAAUGAACAGUUUUCACCUCUUCAAUUUUCUCAAAUUAAAGAAAUAAACAUUAAUGCAAGUUAUCCACCAAUUUUCAGAGGCUGUAAAACGUUAAAAAAGGUUAAAUACAUUGAAGGGUCCGGAAUUACAAGAAUAGAAUAUGACGCAUUUUAUGAUUGUGAAAGCUUAACAGAAGUUGAAUUAUGCAGUUCAAUUACUACCAUUGCAGCUAAUGCCUUUAAGAAUACAAAUAUUUCUUAUUUAGACUUAACAAAUAUUCAGGAAUUAGAUAUUUCAGCAUUUUAUGGUACACCACUAAAAGAAAUAAUAAUUAAUAAAAAUGUUCAAAAAGUAUUAUAUUUCUUUGAGACAACAGAUGAUCCUAUUGUGCUAGAAUAUAUUGAAAGAAAUGUUUAUUUACCCAAGUUAGAAAAAGUGACAUUUAAGAGUGAAGUAACUAUUUUCAAUACAUUGUAUUUCAAUAGUCCAAAUUUAAAAGAAUACGUACUUGUAGAUAAUUCCAAUUUUAAGUCAAUUGAUAAAGUUAUUUACACUGCUGACAAGCAAACACUUUAUGCAUAUCCUGGAGGUUUAGAAGCAAAAGAAUUUAUAAUUCCUGAUUUCGUGAGAAACGUUAAUCAUAAUGCUUUUGCAUUUACAAAUAAUUUGGAGAAAAUAAUAAUUAAUUCCAAUAUGGUGCUAACAGAAUCAACGUUUGCAUAUUGCACAAGUGUUAAAACAGUUGUUAUCAAUUUCAAAACGAAUGUAUUGUCAAAAGGAUGUUUUGCAUUUUGUACUAAUUUGACAUCAAUUAAAAUACAUGAAAAUGCAGCUAUUACUAUGCUAGAUUCACAUUGUUUCCAUGGAUGCAUUAGCUUACAAAGACUUGAUUUCAAAAAUGAAUUAGAAAUUGUUGAAGAGAGUUGCUUCCAAGAUUGUCAAUCACUUGUAGAAGUUAAUUUAUCACAAUUAUAUAGUAUUCCUAAGAGUUGCUUUAAAGGAAAUCUACAAAGUCAAUUAAAUUUACACAUGGGAUCAAAUAUGAAAAUUAUGAAUAAGGAAGCAUUUAUGGAUACAAAAAUAACAGAAUUUAUUUGUCCUGAAAAUUUGUUUAUUAUAGAUGAAUUUGCGUUUUCAAAUUGUACAGAACUUAUAAACUUUAAGUUCAAUGAAAACAUACAAAGGCUAGAAGGAUAUUCAUUCUACAAUGUUGGAAUUAGAGAACUAUAUAUUCCUGACUCAAUCGAGUAUAUUAACUCAACAAGUUUUUGUAAUUCAACCCACAUCGAAUUUAAAUUUAGUGAAGGAGGGCAUCCAAUUUAUUAUGUUGAAAAUGAUUGUUUUAUGAAUAAGACUGGAGGCUUGAUGUUUGUACUUUGGAAGAAAGGAUCUGUUUUUGAAAUACCUCAAAAUGUGAAAAUAAUUAGUAAUGAAGCCAUUAAAUCUUCAAAUUUCUAUCGAUUUAUCGUAAAUCCUGAUAUAUCAGAUAGCGAACUUCUAAGAAUUAAAUCUAAUGAAUAUAUUGACAUGUACAAUAGUAAAAUUUGCGUGAAACCACCAUCGUCUAGCAAUGAACCAGAUAAUUGCAUAUUGGAAAUCAGUGAUGAAAAUAAUAUUGAUAGAUACGAAAAAGAAGGAGAAUAUGAACCAACAUAUAAAUUGAGUAAUAGCUUAUAUCUUGAGGAAUCCUUCAAGUAUAUCGAAGAAUACAUAACAGAUAAUACAUGGUAUUACUAUGCUAAUCAAUCUCUUCCAUUUUUGGAAAACUUAAGGGUUUAUUCUCUUUUCCAUGUAGUAUUAUUAGUAUUUGUUGCAUUUUUAUCUGUAUUAAUUAUUAUUCUUUUAAUAACUGCAUUGAAAGUAACUCAUGAAUAA